UCCAAACUGGCGGGAACCAAUUUCUAAAUAGCAUUGCAAUUUAUCUUUGUUUGAAAGCCACACGAUCAUCAAAAUGCAAAAAUCUAUAACCUCCUUUUUUAAGAAGAAAUCUGAUGCCGGGGACAGCCCUUCGCCACCAAAAAAAGUUCCCAAGAUUGAGGCCAAAGCGGAACUGCCAGAUGAACCCAUCAUAAAGAGCGAGGAUGGGUCCCCGACAAUUAAAGCAAAGGUUGAACCGAUGUCUGUGGAUUCAGGAGAAAACACAAGUCCUUUGAAGGGUGUUAAGAAGGAGCAGGAUUCCGAGGGCAAAACAACUGAUCGAAAGGUGACAAGCAUUGGACUAAACUCCACUUCCGCCAGCAAGGAGGAUAUGGAAAACUAUGACCCGUCCGCCGAUUCCUACAAUCCACUCAAAAACGCAUAUUGGAAGGAUAAAAAAGUAACUCCCUACUUGGCAUUGGCUCGCACAUUUCAAGUCAUCGAGGAGACCAAAGGACGCCUCAAGAUGAUCGACACGUUAAGCAACUUUUUCAGCUCGGUGAUGCUGGUGAGUCCGGAAGAUCUGGUGCCCAGCGUAUAUCUCAGUAUCAAUCAACUGGCCCCAGCCUACGAAGGACUGGAGCUGGGCGUGGCCGAAACCACCUUGAUGAAGGCCAUCUGCAAGGCUACGGGUCGCAAUUUGGCUCACAUCAAGUCACAGACACAUCUGAUUGGAGAUCUGGGCAUUGUUGCCGAGCAAUCGCGCGUUUCCCAGCGUAUGAUGUUUCAGCCAGCUCCAUUGAAUGUAAGGGAUGUGUUCAGAAAGUUGCGGGAAAUAGCCAAGAUAUCCGGGCAGUCAAAGAUGGAUCUAGUGUACAACAUGUUUGUAGCCUGUCGAUCUUCCGAGGCUCGCUUUUUUAUCCGCUCUUUAAUUGGCAAGCUUCGGAUUGGCAUUGCCGAGCAGAGUCUGCUCACCGCCCUGGCCAUUGGGCUGGUCAAAAAGAACCAUAUUGAUGACUGCAAAGCCAGCAAGGUACAAGAGGUCUAUAAGGAUGAAAUAGUAGAGACUACUUUGCUGUUGAAGACUGCAUACAGUCAAUGUCCGAACUACGACGUCAUUAUUCCGGCAAUUCUAAAGUAUGAUAUCAAAGAGCUGCAGGAACGUUGCCCCAUGCAUCCCGGCAUGCCUCUGCGGCCCAUGCUCGCUCAACCAACUAAAGGAGUCCACGAGGUGUUUGAAAGAUUCGGCGGCAUGCAAAUUACGUGCGAGUGGAAGUACGAUGGGGAGCGAGCCCAAAUACACCUCAACGAGAAGGGGGAGAUCAGCAUAUUCUCGCGCAACUCGGAGAACAACACGGCCAAAUAUCCAGAUUUGAUUGCCAGGAGCAGUGGACUACUCAAGGGCGAAGUAAAAUCCUAUAUCAUUGAUAGCGAAAUUGUGGCUUGGGAUGUCGAGCGAAAGCAGAUUCUGCCUUUCCAAGUGCUAAGCACGCGAAAGCGGAAGAACGUAGACAUCGAAGAAAUCAAGGUACAAGUCUGCGUGUACAUAUUCGAUCUCCUUUACAUCAAUGGCACUGCUCUGGUGACUAAGAACUUGUCAGAGCGUCGCAAACUGCUGUUGGAGCAUUUCCAGGAAGUCGAAGGCGAAUGGAAAUUUGCUACAGCCUUAGAUACGAAUGACAUAGAUGAAGUGCAACAAUUUCUAGAGGAAUCCAUCAAAGGGAAUUGCGAGGGUCUUAUGGUGAAGACUCUUGACGAGGAGGCCACCUAUGAGAUUGCCAAGAGAUCCAGAAAUUGGUUAAAGCUGAAGAAGGAUUACAUAUCCAAUGUGGGCGACUCACUGGAUCUAGUAGUGAUUGGCGGCUACAAAGGAAAGGGUCGACGAACUGGAACCUAUGGUGGAUUUUUGCUUGCUUGCUAUGAUACCGAAAACGAGGAGUAUCAAAGCAUUUGUAAAAUUGGAACAGGUUUCACCGAUGAGGAUUUGCAGACGCACUCCGAGUUCUUGGGCAAGCAUGUUACGCCAAGCGCCAAGUCCUACUACAGAUACGACUCUAGCCUGGAGCCGGAUCACUGGUUUGAGCCGGUCCAGGUGUGGGAAGUCAAGUGUGCCGAUCUGUCUCUGAGCCCGAUUCACCGGGCAGCCAUAGGAAUUGUGGACGGCGAGCGCGGUAUUUCCUUGAGAUUCCCCCGAUUCAUUCGAAUCCGCGAUGACAAAAACAGCGAAAACGCAACGGACGCCAAUCAAGUGGCCCACAUGUACCAAUCGCAGGACCAGGUUAAGAAUAAUCAAAAAUCGUGUACACAGAUGGACAUGGAGGACGAGUUCUACUGACCGUACAGCCCCGUGCAAAUGUGUAACGUUUAUUUAACAAUAAAGUCCGUUAUCGCUA